AACACCCAUCGUGCAUUAUAAAUAGCGUGCCCCUUGUUAUAAACUACGAACCCUGGGCAAAUCUAGUUCUUGUGGCAAGAUAAAACCUUCAGCCCAAAAGAAUGUUUCCUGACCUCCACGUAACAACGGGGAUUAUUGGAAGUGUAGUCUGCUUUCUCCUCUAUGCAGCACCAAUAUUGACAUUCAGAAGAGUGAUAAAGAAGGGCAGUGUAGAAGAAUACUCAUGCAUACCAUAUAUCUUAACUUUGUUCAGCAGCCUCACAUAUACUUGGUACGGUCUUCCAGUAGUGAGCUCUGGAUGGGAGAAUUGGACUCUGUCCGGAAUCAGCUCACUAGGAGUGCUCUUUGAAAGCACAUUUAUCAGUAUAUACAUAUGGUUUGCACCACGAGAGAAAAAGAAGCUUGUCAUGAUGAUGGUAUCUCCAAUUCUAAUCAUCUUCGGCAUGGCUGUAUUUUUCUCAAUUUUCUCAUUCCACACCCACCAAAUGCGUAAAGUAUUUGUCGGUAGCAUUGGUUUGGUGGCUUCCAUAUUAAUGUAUGGCUCUCCGUUGGUAGCUGUGAAACAAGUUAUCAGGACGAAAAGCGUGGAGUUCAUGCCUUUCUACUUGUCAUUGUUUAGCUUCUUGACAAGUUUACUCUGGUUGCUGUAUGGGCUCCUUGGAAAGGAUCCUUUUCUCACGGCACCAAGCUUCAUUGGCUGCUUAAUGGGUAUUCUUCAGUUGGUCGUGUACUGCAUUUACAGCAAAUGCAAGGAAGCACCCAAGACGAAUCCUGAUAUUGAGCAAGCAGACGAACUGAAAGUUGUAACUAGUCAAGACAACACGAAGGGACAAAAGCCAUAAUCUGAGACCUAAACUACCAUUUUGAGUAACAAAUACAUUUUCUUUUCGCUGGACAAAGUGUGUCUUGUAACCGCAUAAUGCGAGGAGAAAAUAAUAGUGUUCAGAUUAUCAUAUAUUAUAUUCCUAGUCAACUAUUGCAGAUCUAAAUAAUUUGCUAAUGAGGUGGCUGCAAUGUCCCAUGGUCACACAUUGCAGAAAUUAGAUAUGCAUACACAGCUUGACUUGACUAGCAGUGGAUGUGUUCACAGGGCAUCCAAUUGGAA